AUGGAUCCUUCAUUCCUGGUAAUCUUUCCUUUGCUCCUGGCCCUGUCAACACCUUGCAAUGCUUGUGAUUGUAAAAUUCAGCACCCUCAGACAUAUUACUGCACGUCAGAUGUCGUCAUAUUAGCUGAUAUACAAGGACCAGGAAACAACACCGUGACAAAACAAGGUUUCAGAGUCAAUGUCAUUAAGGUACUCAAGGCUCCCAGAGGCAUCCCAACAAUCCACGAGAUCUACUCACCCAUCAGUUGGAAAGACUGUAGUUAUAGGCUGAGGACCACUCAACAAUCACUAUCACUUAUCGCAGGCUAUCUGAGGGGGGGCACGUUGCGCUUCACAAGAUGCCAUCUGGUCUAUUUCUGGUACUGGCUCACCAGAGAGCAGAGGCUAGGUUUUGAGGCAGCAUACAGAACAGUAUGCAAAUGUCAAGUUCAGCCCUGCCUCCACUGCUGGCAUUCCUGCCCUCAACCUGACUUUGGAGAGUGUGUGUGGAAACAAAAAGACUGUAACUACAAGGUAUGGGAAGGAAACCAUUCCUUGUUCUCCAUGUGUGUGCCCUCCAUGAAUGGGUACUGUGAAUGGACCCGCAUCCAGAUGAACUAUCCGUACCAAACCUCAGCUCCAGCGACCUCUGUUCGCUAG